UGUUGACUCCGUCUCAUGACGAUGCUCCAGAUUCACCGCCAGAUGGCGCUGUGGAGGGAGGGGGAGGAGGGGCCUGGGAAUUCUCUGCUUCCCAUUCCUCUUAUUGCAGGCACAACAUGGCGGACUAGAAGAGGCGGCCGACUCCCCCGGAUACAACGAAUAAACUGUGGGACUCACGUCCCCCUAUGCCUCGAGGAAGACGGAGAGACACCUUUGGACCACACUGUGCGAAUGAGUGAUUGAUGCCAACUUCGCUUCUUAAGGGCAGUAUGGGUGUGUGUCCCCUGCUCCUGCUGCUCAGUGUGGCCCUCGGGGUCUCCGUCUCGGCCCAGAGACCACCUCCCACCCCCACAGGAGGUCCAGUCCCCACUGCCAAACCUAAGGAACCUUCAGCCACCACCCUCCUCAAUAUUCCCUUGACAACAACCACCACCACCCCUCUUCCUCCCCCUCCAACAACCACAGCCCCGAAGGUUGCCGUGACGACAAUGACAACUACCACAACCGUGGAGGGGGUCAUAUUGACAGCAGGCCCCAGUGGUGCCACACCUAUGCCCGCCCCCCUCCACCACCCCCUGGCCCAACUGAAGCCCCACAAGUCCCCACGGGCGUGA